ACAGCCAUCCAGUACCAUCAACGUCAUCUAGAAAUUGCUAAACAGGUGGGAAACAAGACCGGAGAGGGAAUCAGUUACGGCAAUCUCGGCAACGCUUAUCAAGGUCUAGGACAGUUCAAAACAGCCAUCCAGUACCAUCAACGUCAUCUAGAAAUUGCAAUAAAAGUGGGAGCCAAGGCGGGAGAGGGAAUCAGUUAUGGCAAUCUCGGCAACGCUUAUGACGGUAUAGGAGAGUUCAAAACAGCCAUCAAGUACCAUCAACGUCACCUAAAAAUUGCUAAAGAAGUGGAAAACAAGGCCGGAGAGGGAAUCAGCUAUUGCGGGCUCGGCAACGCUUACGACGGUCUAGGACAGUUCAAAACAGCCAUUCAGUACCAUCAACGUCAUCUGGAGAUUGCUAAAGAAGUAGAAGACAAGGCGGGAGAGGGAAUCAGUUAUGGCAAUCUCGGCAACGCUUAUAAAGGUCUAGGACGGUUCAAAACAGCCAUCCAAUACCAUCAACAUCAUCUAGAGAUUGCCAAGGAAGUAGGAGACCAGGCCGGAGUGGGAAGAAGUUAUAGCAGUCUCGGUAACGCUUAUAAUUAUCUAGGAAAGUUCAAAACAGCCAUGCAGUACCAUCAACGUCAUCUAAAAAUUGCUAAAGACGUGGGAGACAAGGCCGGAGAAGGAAUCAGCUAUGGCAGUCUCGGCAACGCUUAUCAAGGUCUAGGACAGUUCAAAACAGCCAUCCAGUACCAUGAACGUCAUCUAGAGAUUGCUAAAGAAGUGGAAGACAAGGCCGGAGAGGGAAGAAGUUAUAGCAGUCUCGGCAACGCCUACAGUGGUCUAGGACAGUUCGAAAGAGCCAUCCAGUACCAUCAACGUCAUCUAGAGAUUGCUAAGGAAGUGGAAGACAAGGCCGGAGAGGGAAUCUGUUAUGGCAAUCUCGGCAACGCUUAUAAAGGUCUAGGACAGUUCAAAACAGCCAUCCAGUACCAUCAAUGUCAUCUAGAAAUUGCUAAAGACGUGGGAGACAAGGCCGGCGAGGGAAGAAGUUAUGGCAGUCUCAGCAACGCUUAUAAUUGUUUAGGACAGUUCAAAACAGCCAUCCAGUAUCAUCAACGUCACCUAGAAAUUGCUAAAGAAGUGGGAGACAAGGCUGGAGAGGGAAAAAGUUAUGGCAAUCUCGGCAACGCUUAUGACGGUCUAGGACAGUUCAAAACAGCCAUCCGGUACCAUCAACGUCAUCUAGAGAUUGCUAAAGAGGUGGGAGACAAGGCCGGAGAGGGAAGAAGUUACAGCAGUCUCGGCAACGCUUAUAAUUUUUUAGGACAGUUCAAAACAGCCAUCCAGUACCAUGAACGUCAUCUAGAAAUCGCUAAAGAUGUGGGAGACAAGGACGGAGAGGGAAAAAGUUAUUGCAAUCUCGGCAACACUUAUGACGGUCUAGGACAGUUCAAAACAGCCAUCCAGUUCCAUAAACGUCAUCUAGAAAUUGCUAAAGAAGUAGGAGACAAGGCUGGAGAGGGAACAAGUUAUGGCAAUCUCGGCAACGCUUAUCGAGGUCUUCGAGAGUUCAAAAUAGCUAUCGAGUACCAUCAACAGCACCUAGAAAUUGCUAAAGAAGUGGGAGACAAGGCCGGAGAGGGAGCAAGUUAUGGUGAUCUCGGCAACGCUUAUCAAGAUCUUCGACAGUUCAGUAAAGCGAUGGAGUACCAUCAACGUUAUCUAGACAUUGCUAAAGAAGUGGGAAACAAGGCUGCAGAGGGAAAAUGUUAUUGCCUUCUCGGCAGGAUUCAUGAGGGUCAAAGAAAGUUGAAAACAGCUAUUGAGUGUUUUCUACGUUACCUAGAAAUAUCCAAAGAAGUGGGAGAUAAGACUGGAGAGGCGUGCUCCCUCUGUUCCCUUGGAAGUAGUUUUCAGUGCCAAGGAAACCUUAUGAUAGCCUUUGACUAUUAUUACUUGAGUGUUGAAUUGUAUGAUGAUAUCAGGGCCAGUCUUCAACUCAACGAUCAGUGGAAGAUUUGUUAUCGUAAUCAGCACCAAGUAGCAUACAAAGGUUUGUGGCGUAUAAAUCUCAACCGAGGUCAAGUUGUGAAGGCUCUUCUUGCCACAGAGAAAGGACGUGCUCAAGCUCUGAGAGAUCUCAUGGUCAAAAAAUAUCAGCCUGGAGAUUCUUUAACGCUCAGUGCAUCCCGCAUUUCUCUGAGGUGGGUUCCAUUGAGCACAGUUUUCAUAGCUAUUAAUGGACCAUGCGUUUACUUCUGGGUUUGCCUUAGCGAAAAUAAUAUCCAUAUGAGAAAAGUACACGUGAACAAAUACAAGUAUGAGGAUGAAUUGGAAUUUUUCAUCAAGCUAUUGAACAAAACUGCUCUUAAGGAGAUCGAGAAAAGACUGCCGACAGGAGAGGAAGUGGCCAAUGAUGUGAUUCCAGUUGAUGUGAGGCACUCCCAAUCUAGUGCUUUAAAGAAGCUGCAUGACAUCAUCGUUACUCCUAUUGCUGACCUGAUCGAAGGUAACGACGAGAUCACAUUCGUUCCUGAGGGGCCAUUUUGCCUCGUACCUUAUGCAGCGUUGCAGUUCUCCAACUCAUCAUAUCUAAGUGAUUCUUUCACAAUUCGUUUGCUUCCCUCUCUGACGACCUUGCAACUAAUUCAUGACUGUCCAGCUGACUUUCACAUGAAGACUGGUGCAUUGCUUGUCGGCGACCCAUGUUUCAAACAUAUUAUCUAUGAGGGAGGGCUUUUGGUGCAACUUCCAGGAGCAAGGAAAGAAGUGGAGAUGAUCGGACGUAUCCUCAAUGUCUCCCCUCUCACUGGAGAAAUGGCAACAAAAGAUGAAGUGUUAAAACGAAUAUCAUCAGUGGCCUUAGUUCACAUAGCAGCGCACGGCAAAAUAGAAACUGGAGAAGUUAUUCUGGCACCAAACACCACAAGAGAUAACCUUCAGCCGCAAGAGAAAGACUAUCUGCUGACGAUGAACGAUGUCAUGGAAGCUGGGUUGCGAGCACGUCUGGUUGUACUCAGCUGCUGUCACACUGCUCGUGGGGAGGUCAUGGCCGAGGGUGUGGUUGGCAUGGCGCGUGCACUUUUGGGUGCCGGUGCCAGAUCUGUUGUGGUAACCUUGUGGGCGAUUGGCGACGAGGGAACCCUGGAGUUUAUGACGUUCUUCUACGGUGCACUUGCCAAAGGCAAGAAGGCAAGCGAAGCUCUCAAUCAGGCCAUGAAGUGUAUGAGAGAAAUUGAAAAGUUCAAGGAGGUGAUUUACUGGGCACCAUUUGUACUCAUUGGUGACGACGUCAACCUGGAUUUCAAGGAGAUUUAAAAGUUAAGGCAGUGAGCAUUGGAAUCCCAGGGAGUUUUAGGAUACCUACAAAUGCUGAUAUUUGGACCAUAAACCAGUAAGCUACCGAUGAAAUAUUUGUCA